UAGCAAAAAUGGCCAAAAGCGAAGACGGCAAAAGACCGAGUAUUUCGGAGUAGCGCGUUUAAAAAAAGUAUAAAAGGGUCGCUAUUCACAGAGGUCGCCAACAAACCGCUAACGGCAGCGAUCGCGUCUUAUAUCUUUCUAUAGCUACUCCAACGCGAGGGACAGGGACGACCAUAUACACGACCCGAGGAUAACGGUUUAAUCCAAUUUUUUUCCCGUGUUUUUUUUGUUGUGUUUGAUCAUGAAACUCUCAGGAGUACCGUUAGCUUUACUAGGCUGCUGCUGCUUCUUCUUACUGGCAGCUUCUUCUUCAACUCCUGCUGCUUCCUCCACCUCAGUACCUUCUUCUUCUUCCAAGCCAAAAAGAGAUGCUGGCUUGAGUUUCGGAGGAAUAUCCAGUUAUCACGGCCCCUCGCACAAAUAUCUGCCGCCCGCCUAUGAAAAUCACCUGAACCUUGGCGGCUACCAUGGAAAUCCUUUGGGCUCCUCCGGUGGCGGUUAUUCCGAAUACUCCAAUCACGUAGGACAUCAUUCCUCUGGAAGUCAUGGUUAUGCCAGUUCCAGCUCUGGUGGCCAUGGCAGACCCUAUCAUUUUGGUGGAAGUCCCAAAAUCGAAACCUAUAUCGUUCAAGCAAGCGGUGCAUCGAGUUACGGUCACAAUUAUCAUGGUCAGGGUCAUGGAAUUAGUCACGGAAUAAGCCAUGGAAUCAGUCAAGGUAUAGGUCACGGACAUGGAUCCGGACUGGCUUACAAAUUUGCACCAUCCUCCUCAGCUGCAUCGUAUCUGAAUCUGUUGGGUAACAACCAUAAAACUAGCACCUAUGUGGUGGCUACUCCCGAAUUUACCGGAAGCAGUCACGGAAUCGGCUACGGGUCGGGACAAGUUCACAGACCAACCUACAGUACCAGUUAUGGUAACGGUUUUGGUCAUGACAUCAGCCAUCAGAUCAGCAGCCACGAACCAGCGGGUCACAGUUUGGAUCACAACCUGGAUCAUACCUCGGAACAUGGACUGCGUCACGCUUUGGGUCGGGGUCACUCCAGUGGAGGUCACCACUUUGCCCAGCACCCGCUGCCUCAACUGGCGGAAGAGCAUUCUGGCUACUCAUACGAUGCUCCCGCCACGCCCUUUGGCAAGGGAGUGCCGCUGAGCAGCUAUGGUGUACCCCUCAUUCCCGGCUAUGAUCACCAGGAGUCGUCAUUGCAGGAGCCGGGAGUGCAAGUGCAGGUCUUGGAACAAGAACAGAAAGCCGAUCAUCGGGAACAGGAGAGAGAGACACCGGUCUAUGCCCUGGGCCACAAGGGAUUGGGACACUUCAGCUACACGGCCAGCAAGCCACAAGCUUUGCACACCGACGUCCUCAGCGGUGCUCAUCCAGGAGAUCUUGACCUCUCCAAGGCGCCCUUCAAGCCCAGCGCCUUUUUGGGAGCCAAGCACGAAACUGGAUCAAAUUCCAUUUCCGGCUAUGACUACGCCACACCCAGCUCGUCGUUUCUGCAGGCUCCAUCUUCGCCCGGCUACGAUUACCCGACUCCAGGGCAGCUUUACGGACCACCUGGUCAUUCUGGGGACUCAGCUACGCCCAUCUUUGAGCCGGAGGCAACCUAUUUGCCCCCUGCCAGCAGCUACGGUCCACCACCCACAUCCUCCCAUGGAUAUCACUAAAUUAUUAACGUAUAGUUUGUAAGGUCUUCUCCUCUAGAGUCUUUUGUAUUUUUGUAUCCCUAUCUAUUUCGUACUGUAAGCCAAGAUCGAACAAUAAAUAAUAAGAAAUUAAAAACUCAAAGUUAUUGAAGAAAAAUGUUUGGUGAUCAUCUGAAAUCAGAAGAAUUACGAAUUACCUACAACUAAAGUAAGGUAUAAUUAUUAAUCUUGCAAAAGAAAGGUCUAAAAAGCUCUUGACCGCAAGCGAUUCCCAGAUAAAAUAUAAACUUAAGAAGAAGAUAAAAUAAAAAAUAUUUAACGUGC